AUGGAUCAGCGGGCGAGGUAUCCUCCCGGCAUCGGCAACGGCCGCGGCGGGAAUCCUAACUAUUACGGCCGUGGCCCGCCGCCGACGCAGCAGCAUCAGCAUCAGCAGCCGCCGCAGCAGCAGCAGCAGGCGCAGGGGCAGCGGCAGUCGCAGCACUCGCAGCACCACAGCCAGCAGCUUCAGCAUCAGCAGUGGCUUCGGCGGAAUCAGACCGCUGGCGAGGCCGCCGCGGGCGCCGCCAGAGCCAGCGAGCACCAUGCGCCGGCUGCCGCGGGUGACGCCGAUUUGAGUGGACUAGUGCUGCUGGAUAAGGGAAUUACAGUCUCCAAGCAUGAAUUAUCUGUAGAGCGUGCCCCUGGUUCGCAAGACUGGAAGGCCCAAUUGAAGCUUCCACCUCCAGAUACACGCUACCAGACCGAGGAUGUCACUGCAACUAAGGGAAACGAAUUUGAAGACUAUUUUCUGAAGCGUGAACUUCUUAUGGGCAUAUAUGAGAAAGGAUUUGAAAGACCGUCUCCUAUCCAAGAAGAAAGCAUUCCUAUUGCAUUAACCGGCAGCGACAUUCUUGCAAGAGCAAAAAAUGGAACCGGGAAGACUGCUGCAUUUUGUAUACCUGCGCUAGAGAAGAUUGAUCAAGACAAAAAUGCUAUUCAAGUUGUUAUAUUGGUCCCCACGAGGGAAUUGGCUUUACAAACAUCACAAGUCUGCAAGGAACUUGGGAAACACUUGAAGAUUCAAGUCAUGGUCACUACUGGAGGAACAAGCCUAAAGGAUGAUAUUGUCCGUCUUUAUCAACCUGUGCAUUUACUUGUGGGGACGCCUGGUCGUGUUUUGGACCUUACGAAGAAAGGCAUUUGCAUUCUGAAGGACUGUUCAAUGCUUAUUAUGGAUGAGGCAGACAAGCUUCUUUCUCCUGAGUUCCAACCUUCUGUGGAGCAGUUAAUUCGAUACCUUCCAUCGAGUCGACAGAUUCUGAUGUUCUCUGCAACAUUCCCUGUGACUGUCAAGGCUUUCAAGGACAAAUAUCUGCCUAAACCCUAUGUUAUUAAUCUUAUGGACGAACUUACACUGAAGGGAAUUACCCAAUUCUACGCCUUUGUUGAAGAAAGGCAGAAAGUCCAUUGUCUGAACACUCUUUUUUCCAAGCUGCAAAUUAAUCAAUCUAUAAUAUUCUGUAACUCCGUAAAUCGUGUUGAACUACUGGCGAAGAAGAUCACAGAGCUUGGUUACUCUUGCUUCUACAUCCAUGCUAAAAUGCUGCAGGAUCAUCGUAAUAGAGUAUUCCAUGAUUUCCGUAAUGGCGCAUGCAGGAACCUUGUGUGUACAGAUCUUUUUACAAGGGGAAUAGAUAUCCAAGCUGUUAAUGUUGUUAUCAAUUUUGAUUUCCCCAAGACCGCUGAAACCUAUCUCCACAGGGUUGGUAGAUCUGGGAGAUUUGGCCACCUUGGCCUGGCUGUGAAUCUGAUCACCUACGAGGAUCGUUUUAACUUGUAUCGGAUUGAGCAGGAGCUUGGAACUGAGAUAAAACCCAUACCUCCUCAGAUAGACCGGACGAUAUACUGCCAAUAG